AUGGCGGACCAUUUCUUUUCCGGCGUCGAAUCGCCACAAAACCAGAACGGAGAACUCGACGAUGCGGCGCCGAUUUUCGUCGAAGAAGAAGAAGAAGAAGACGGAGAAGGAGAAGGAGAAGCCUAUUUGGCGUAUUUACAAGAAUUGGGGGACGAAGAAUUGCGGAACGAAGUCCAUUCGGAGGGAGACAGCCACAAGCGGAGAAUACGUGAAGCAGGCGAAGUGUGCUCGUCGGGAGAUGAGAGCUCUGAAGAGAAUGAGUGGAGCGGCACCCAAAUUGACGGCCUUUUUUGCAUGGAACCGUGGACUAGCGAUGGCGAUCAUCAUAUCUGUUGUCUUCCAUGUGGGCAUAUAUAUGGGAUGUCUUGCAUAAAGAGAUGGCUAAAACAGCGUAAAAAUCAAGGGAAGUGUCCACAAUGCAAUGGGAAAUGCGUACUCAAGGAUGUUAGAAAACUGUUUGCAUCACGUGUUGUUGCUGUUGAAGAAGAAGCACAAAAGCGAGCUGAUUGGAGUAAAAAUGAAGCUAAGUGGAGAAACAUAGAGGCUGAGUUGCAAUUGGAAGUUCAACGGCUUAGAGAGUUUCAAAACACUACUCUCUGCCAAUUUUUUGCUCCAGAUAGAGGUUUUGUGUUGCUAAAAAUUUCUGUAAACCUUCUUGACACUGUUUUAAAGGACACUUAUUUGGAAGGCUUAUUAGGAGAUCUUCCAAAAGGAUCAUCUAGAUCAGUCAACGCUGGUGGAGUGUCUCAAGGAAAAUCUGUGACUGGAGGAGUUGCAGCUGGAUGGCGUUCAUUUGAUGUGGAUGCUUCUAACCAAAUCUUGUUAUUUGCAAGAAGCCUUCUUGGAAUGGCUGCAAAGCAUAUGCUUACGAAAAUGAGCUUGGUACCUUCACAUGGAUAA